UUGAAUAAAAGAAAAGUAAAGAGAUAUACGAAUGUUAAAAUAUCACUAACAAAAAAUGUUUAAUAUUGAAAUAAGUUUGUGCAUAUAUGCUUUUGCGUAGUGUAGUACUCCUGAAGCUAUUUCAUUGUUUGUACUUAUACAUUUAUGUAUGCAGAUAUGUGACGUAUGACGUGGCUUUAGAAGGAACUGUCAAAGUACAAAACUUGCAGUUUUUAGUUACGCUUAUAUAUAAGCGUGAUUAAGUAAUAUUGUGUAGUUGAAUUAGUUUGCAGCAAUUAAUUAAACAAUUUUUAUAAAAUAAUUGUGAAAUAUGGUUUACGUAUCAAAUGAUGGAAGUGUCUUAUGUAAUACUCCAUUAUAUUUAAAAGUGUUUAGGUUUUUCGCAGGUAUAAUUUUCAUGGUUAUAAUGUUUUUUAAAACAUUGAUCAAUCCUAACAUGAAUAAAUAUGGAAGUGAAUAUACAAGAGAUUAUAGACCUGGAUCUGGGCCACCACGUCCACCAACACGUAGAUUAGGAAGACCUAACACAGGAGAUACUAUUAAUAUUCCCUUUGGGGGAUGUAGUAGUUGUGCUAGGUAAAAUGAAAAUAAAAUUCAAGGCACAAUAGUAAUAAAGUAAUACCAUUAAAUAAUUUUUUCAUAAUUACAUAUAUAUAUAUAUAUAUAUAACUAUUAUAUCUUGAAAAAUGAAAUUGUUUUAAGAAAACUUGAAAAUUUUUAUAAUGAAAAACUAAUGAGCAAAGAUUUGAGGACAAUUUUAUUUAAUUAUAUCAUAUAAAUAUUAUAAAUCAUUAUAAAUACAUUACAUAUUAUACGUAGACCAAAAGAAAGGUGAAUAUUCUAUUAAUUUAUAUGUACAUAUAAAUAUAAAUUAACAAGGAUAUGAUAUUAUGUUAAGUUCUGUGUAUUUUCAGCAAUAUACAAAUAUAUGCAGUAUGCAAUAAUGUAAA